AUGUUCUCGCGCACCGCGGUCCGAUCUGCGGGCAGCAAUGCGACACUCUCUUUGAGAGCUAGAGCUGCCUCCCCCUUGGUCUCAACGGCCACUCGUCGAUGCCAGGGGCCUCUGCCCAAUGCUUUCAUGGGAGGGAAACGAUUUAUUGCUGUUUAUGGCUACACGCAAGCGAAAGCCCUGGUGUAUUCUCGAUAUGGAGAGCCAAAGGAUGUGCUACGGCUUCACAAACAUUCUAUCUCUCCUCCCCACGGGUCUCAAGUUACGCUUCGCCUUCUGGCUGCACCGUUGAACCCGGCCGACGUCAACCAAAUUCAGGGUGUGUAUCCGAGCAAACCGCCGUUCCAGUCAAACCUUGGUACAUCGGAACCCUCUGCUGUCGCGGGAAAUGAAGGCGCCUUCGAAGUCAUUGCAACGGGCGCAAAUGUCAAGAACCUGAGCAAGGGAGAUUGGGUUGUUAUGAAGCAGACCGGCCAGGGUACCUGGCGGACGCAUGCGCAGAUGGAUGAAUCGCAAUUGAUCAAAAUUGAAAAUAAAGAUGGUCUGUCUCCACUUCAGAUCAGUACAGUCAGCGUGAACCCCGUCACCGCGUACCGCAUGAUCAAGGACUUCUGCAAUUGGGACUGGAUGCGCACCGGUGAAGAAUGGCUGAUCCAAAACGGUGCGAACAGCGGUGUGGGCCGGGCUGCUAUCCAGUUAGCACGGGAAUGGGGCAUCAAAACCCUGAAUGUUGUUCGAGAAAGGGAGACCCCGGAGAAGACGGAGGUUCUCAAGCAAGAGCUGCGGGAGCUGGGUGCGACUGCCGUCGUCACCGAAGCAGAACUCCUUUCGGGUGACUUCAAGAACAAAGUGAACGAGCUCACCCGCAACGGCAAGGAGCCAAUCCGGCUUGCUCUUAACUGUGUUGGCGGUAAAAGUGCGACUGCGUUGGCGAAAACGCUUGCUCCGGGUUCACACCUGGUUACCUACGGGGCUAUGUCGAAGCAGCCCGUGUCUCUGCCUUCGGGCCUUCUCAUCUUCAAGAAUCUGGCGUUUGAUGGGUUUUGGGUUAGCAAGUGGGGGGACAAGAACCCGCAGCUGAAGGAAAACACCAUCAACGAUGUUCUACAAUUGACUCGUUCCGGAAAGUUCAAGGACAUCCCUGUGGAUGAGAUCCGAUGGAACUGGGAGACGGAGGGCCCUGCCCUCACGGCGGGAGUACAGGAGACUCUUAGUGGCUACCGAGAUGGGAAGGGCCUUCUCAAGUUUGAGGGCGGAGACUAG